CGGGCAGGAGGACACAGACACACAGAGGAGAGAAAGAGGACGGGACGAGGACACAUGGAGGUUCAUGGAUGAGCACAAUAACAAAAACUCUUCUGGGCUCUGAAAUCUGUGACGUGAGUUUAACCUUUAACCUUCAGGAGACGAGUCAACAACAACAACAACAACAACGAGCUUCAUCAUCCUUCUCUCCCUCAUUGUAUCGAGUACUGACCUCUUUUGGUUCAGCCGUCGAUGACCGAAUGGAUCAAAGAUUCUCCUCUGUGAAGCAUCAGGGAUUCAGACAUCAAUUUCAGUUCUCCUGCCUGGUUUAUUAUUAACUCGCCCCGUUUGAAGCUCAGACUUCUCAGAGUGAUAUUUCAGUUAACACGCUCACCGUCCGUCACCGGAGCGUCACAGAGGUCGACGGGACGGAGCGAGACAGACGCAGCUUCACAGAGCGGAUUCUUCUGAGUUCAGUCUGAGUUCUGGAGGAGGCCGAACAUCGAUCCUGACCGACAGCUGGAGAGAGAGAAACAUCUGCUUCAAACAGCCCUCCGUCACCUGUCCAUCAUGGCCGACCCGUCCCCCGGCUGGUGGAAGCUGACCUUCCUGAGGAGGAAAAAGUCUCAGCCUAAAGUUCUCUAUGAAAUCCCCGCAGAGUCCGUCUCUAACUCCUCCUCCUCUCAGCACGGUUCAAUCACCGCCACAGGAGCCACCGCCGCUGCUGGCCACCCAGAGGACCCCCAGCUGGACGCCCGACUGGAGAGGAUCGUGGACAAAACGACAGGCAGCCGGGGGCGCCAUGUGAAGGUGUCUCACUCUGGGAGGUUCAAGGAGAAGAAGAAGGUCAGAGCGACUCUGUCGGAGAACUCUCAGGUGUUUCCAGCAGGAGAACCAAUGAGAGACGAGAACCUGAGAGCCGGGAAGUGACAGGACACACAAACGCUUCAAAUGACAUUCAGGAUCUGAACUUUCUGGUGCUUUUUCAUCUGCCGACCAUCAGGGAUAAAUUUUAAUCAUAAUAAUUCAUCAGAUUCUUUUUUUUUAAAACUUUGAACGUCGAGAACCAAAAGAGGAACAAUUUAAUAUCAGCAGGUGUCAGGUGGUCCUCGAGACCGUUUUCUGAAGGCUCAGAAUCUAAAGUAUUUGUACUCGGUCUUGUCUCGCUCUCAGACUGGGCAGACUCUGGAUUUUAAAUCAAGACCGGUCUAGACCACCACUGACAGGCUAUUUUUACACAUCAUUCCUCUGACUGUAAAUGUCUCAGUCUCGGUCUCGGAGCACUCUGGUCUCGGGUCUGUCUUAGGUCUGAGAACAAAGAAGCUCCAUUAAAGAUGAUUUUUUUUGUUUUGGAUUGCGUCAGACUCCUCAGGUGGUCACAAACACAGAAUAUGAAGUUUGAUUAGAAAGUUAGGAACACUUUAUUUUAAUGAGUUUUAUAGAGGAUGACUUUGUGUUGGCCAGCAGAAGGGCAGCACUGCUCCACACAGUCUUCCUCAAACACUCCUUCACUCAAAAUAAAAACGUUAGAAAAUUAAGUCAACCUGCAGACUCUCACGCUACGAAGGAGUCUGAGGGCCACAUCAAGGGGAAGAUUUUGUACAUUUUUUCAUUUUACAUAGCCUACUUUAUACUUUAUUAAUGCUUGGGGGAAAAUUCUGGUUUACACUCUUUAGACCUGCUUCUCUCUCACACACACAAAUACAAACAGGACCUGUGGACAUCAGUGGGGGAUGCUACACUGGGGGCUCAGUGUCUUCCUCAGUGGACACCUCUCCAGCUAACAGACCAACAUCCAUAUUUUUGGUUCUGCUCUCAUCAGGCGGAUGUCUGCUCUUCUGAUAGAACCUUUCAGAAUAAUAAUUUAACCACAACCGGAUCUAAAUCGAGUUACACAUUUCAUAUCGUACAUGUAGAUUUGUUUUUCUUUACCCCGGCCUUAAUCCUCCGUCGUAUCUCUGAAUUCAUUUUCUGUUUUGAUUUUGAUGUAAAAAUGUUCUUCAGCAUUUCUUUAACUCUCAGAUUAAUGUGUCUGUGCUCCUAAACUCAUGAGACGUUGUGUAAAUAUUUAUGUUCAAUCAAUAAAUAUUUGUGAUUUUAAAAAUAGAUCAUUUUUCAUUCAAAGCUUUAAACGUGUAGAAUGAGCUGAGUAAAAUCACAUCCUGUCCUUUAAAUGUUUUUAAGAACUUUCAGAUCUGCUGUUUUCAGUUUUCACCACAAGAGGGCGCCACCACCCCUCCUCAUUCAGAGAAGAAGCUUCUGGGAGACGUUGGCGUCCUCUAGUGGCGAGAGGCUGCAUUACACAUUACACUCAGUUAAACAACAUCCUGUAAACGGGUUUACUUGAGGGUGAGAUUCAGAAAUUAAAAACAUUAAAGUUUAAACUGUUAAAAAAGUGCAUAAGUAUUUUAUUCUGACAUCUAAAAUUUUUAAGUUUUUACUUUAAUUAAGUUUAUAUUUACAUAUUAAAAAGUGUCUUAAAAAAUCCCAGAGGCAAAGACUUUAAAAUGUAUUAUUUUUCAAGACAAUAUUUGACUUUCAGGCCUCUGUAAAAAUAAAAAGCACUGAUUCAAUUUGUGAUUAUUUGACAUUAAAGGUGACAUAUCCUCCUCC